AUGAGAACAUUCAGUAUUACUGGCUUCGGGGUGGUGGAGGUUGCAGGACAACACUCCUACUCCAGCCAACCACGGCCUCAGGAGCAGUCAAAGAUAGGUGUUGGCCUUCAGGAGGUUUGGUGUUCUGUUGAGGUGAAUCUGCUGGAAUCAAAGUACUUGAACAGCAAAGCUUAUGAACCCAGUGUCCUGGGAGAUGCUAUGACUGCCCUUGACCGUGUCCUGGAGACAACCUUUUCCUUGAUGUCAAAUGAAGAGACAGCAAAGGUUGCUGUAUCUCUUCCUGGAAAGCUUAUUAACAUUCCAGAUGAUGUUAGUCUCACAUGCACAGUCCACUUAAGGAUAAUAGAAAAUAACAAGGUUGUUUACAAACUUAGUACUGCAGAAAAACUUGAUAUAGCAAAUAAGUAUAAAAAUAAAGGUGUUUCCCUGUACAAGGAAGGUUUGUUGCAUAAACAAGUGCUAGCCUUUUUAAUGUUUAGUGAUGCCGUGAAGUGGCUUUGUAUGAUAGACCCUGAGGAGAGUAAGGAUUCUCCAAAUGAAGUGACCACACUAAAGAUGCAGUGUUACAACAAUAUUGCACUGUUCCAUCUGCAUCAGCAUAAUUACAGACUAUGUAUAUCAGCAGCCACAACACUGUUGAGUGUUGAUGGAGGCAAUGUGAAGGCUUUGUUUCGCCGAUCCGUGGCUAACACUGAAUUACAAAAUUAUGAACUUGCAACAGAAGAUUUGAAAGCUGCACUCCUCCUGGAUCCUGACAACAAGUCUGUAAAAAGACAGCAGGAUGUAAUCAAGAAGAAGCAGAAAGGGCUUACAGACAAGUAUGCUGUCGCUAUGAAAAAGUUGUUUUCUUAAGCUGUUUUCUUAUGUCUUCCCAUUCCACACUAUUGCAUGAUGUUGAGUUAUUCAGUACUGGCCAAAACUAUUGCUUGAUGUUACAAUUAUGCUGCAGCAGGCAGGUUGGAAGGAGUUUACACUAAUUAGCAUGUUCAACUUUUCAACCUCCUGUCUCUCAAUAGGUACUGUUUGGGCUCACAAAAGUGUAAAAUGAAGCUACCAAGAGAACAUGUUUGUCAACACAAACAUACAAAAAUAAAGUUAUAGUUUGA